AGGUGGGGAGGAGGGAGGUGAGGAGGCAGGCGAAGGAGUGACAGCCGAAGUUAGAGCCCGGGGAGACGGCGCGGCGUUUCACUUGAAACGCGCUUGAAAAAAGAAUCAUUAUAUGUAUAUUUAGAUUUAUUCAUAAUGGUUUUGACGCAGGACUCCGUGCUUUCGCUGCUCCUGUCGCGGGGCGGCAGGGUGAAAAAGUCCGACCUGGUGAGUUACUUCCAGGAGUCGGUGGACUGCGUGAAUCCCGCAGAGAAGGAGCGGAACAGAGAGCUGUUCAAGACUCUGGUCAACAACGUCGCCGUCGUCAAAGAGAUCGACGGUGUCCGGUAUGUGGUCAUCAAGAAAGUCUACCAGCGUUUACUGGAGGAUUUUGAGUCUCAGAAGAGAAAAGUUGAAGAAGGAAAAGAAGAAGAAGCGGAGACAGGUGAGCAGCAGCGCCCACCUGAGUGUGGAGAGGAGACCGACAUUACUGUGGACUCAGGAGGAAAUGAUGGAAAUGCUGCUAAAGGGCCGUCUCUAAUACAGCUGGCUCUACAGAGGAGCAGAGUUACUGACAUCAAGGUCAAAAGGAUGCUGAAUGUUGAGAUCCAGACCCAGGACCCAACCGAGGGUGAAGUCAAAGGGCCAGUCGCUGCCCCCAACAAACCUUAUGCCUUGCCUUUGAGAAUACCCAACAGUGUCACCAGGGUGGAGAUCUGCAAGCUGAAGGCGGACCCAGAUGGUGAUCCUACAGGGAACGCAGAUGUCGUCAGAAACAAGAAGAGAGCUCCAUCAGUGGAGGACAGAGCAGGCAGUGGCAUCAGUUCACCACAGCUGAGGAGGGCAGUAAAGAGCACCAAGGCCUCGGAGGAGCACAGAGACACCAGGACUCCUUCUGUGGUUCCUUUGGAGGAAUUGGAGCACCAGUGGCUGGUCACGUGCGCCGCCGGCCACUGGAGCCAGGUUUACGGCCUACUGCUGAGAGACAGCCAGCUGGCCGACAAGAAAGACUUCAUGUCGGGCUUCACCGCUCUGCACUGGGCCGCCAAGUGUGGCAACAGUGGGAUGCUGGUGAAGAUCAUCGACAUGUCCAGACGAGGCGGAGUGGAAGUUGACGUCAACGCAAGGACUCAUGGCGGGUACACUCCUCUGCACAUUGCCGCGUUGCACGACCAGGAGUACAUCAUGGCCAUGCUGGUGGCGGAGUACAACGCCAACGUCAACAUCAGGGACAACUGUGGGAAGAAGGCCUACCACUACCUGCACAAGGGCAUUUCCAAGACCCUCAGAGAGAUGCUGGGAGCCCCCGAACCUCGGCCGACCCAGGACAGAAUCCCGCAGGAGAACGAGGAGCUGGAUCUUCUGCCUGAUCUCCAGAAAAGUUUCCAGUCGAUAAGUCGCCUCUUUCAGCCACAUGUGAUGGGAACCAAGAAGAAAUCUAAGCAAAGGCCUGGGUUUCACUCUAUGUCCCAGAGUGAGGAGCCCAGUGAGGACAGAGAGGACAACGGCCACAGCAGUGGAGGCUUCAGACAAAGAGUCACAUCAGAUGUUUUCAUGUAGAAAGUUGUUUUUUCUUUUAUAGUAAAGCAAAUAUUGUUAAAAAUCAAACAAUAAAUGUUGAUUGACAUGAUGCUGAUUUUUGAGCCUUAGGUAACAACGACAAAGACUGAAUUCGAUCAAAUGGAUGUUGGAGAAUAAUACUUGAAGUUUUCUUUGUUAAGAAUAUUUUUUAUUUUACAAACACUAGUCAGAACAAUAUGAACUGCAGCAUGCACUUGAACCACUAGGUAUUAGCAGAAUAGAAGCUAUUUAUUUCCCCUGUACCACUGAGCUGACAUCAUCUGUUGAGCUAAGAAAAUACGUUUGUGUUUGUGUUUCUUAAUUAAAAUGCUUCAGUAAAAAAAUACUGGUUUCUACAAAA